GUUCUUCAAAUAAUGGGGAUAAUAUGAUUUGUGAGGAAACACCUGACGAAGAAAAAGAUAUAGAUUGUCCUGAGGAAAAAACGCAUUGCUACGUGAUGAAACAAAAACUGAAGACCUCGGGAGAUAUUAUAACCUGGAACAGAAGCUGCUGUACACCUAAAGAUGACGCCCCUGACUGUCCACUCAACAAGCCCCCCCAUAUUGAUAACGAGUACUACGAGGUGUGGAGAGCAACAUGUAAAAAUGAUAGAUGUAAUAUCAUGGAUCCAAGUUUAUCGGAAGAAGAUGGCGGAGGAUCUAUAUCCGUAUCAGGGAAAAAUAAGGGAGCAAGAACAGUGUCAGGCCUAGUUGGUUUGGUGAUGAUUUUCGUAUCUUUAGCUUUCUAUAUAUAAAAUAUUUUCAAAUAAAAAAAUGUGUCUUAUGGACAUCAAUUUAGGUUAAUUACAGUUUUUUUUUGCUAAUUCACCUUUUAGAUAUAAAACAGAUAAUGUGAGAGUUUAAAGAAAUAAAUUUUUUAUUGCAUUUUUCAA